AUGCUGGUUCAACCAUUGCUGUUCAUGUUGCGACCGGCAGUGCGACCGAUCAGUCAGUUUGGACGCAACGUUUACAGCAUGUUUUCGAUAGCGAAUGAAAAGUUGGGCUCCAAUGGAAAGAAACCGUUCACGGUGUUCGUGGAGGGUAACAUUGGAAGCGGCAAGACGACGUUCCUGAACCACUUCCAGAAAUUUGACGAUAUCUGCUUGCUGACGGAACCGGUGGAGAAGUGGCGCAACUGUGGUGGUGUCAAUCUGCUGGAUCUUAUGUACAAGGAGCCCCACCGUUGGGCGAUGCCAUUCCAGACGUAUGUAACGUUGACGAUGCUCGGCAUGCACACUUGCCAGACGGACAAAUCGGUCAAACUAAUGGAGCGGUCAUUGUUCAGUGCGCGAAAUUGCUUCGUGGAGAGUAUGCUGGCCUCUGGUUCGUUGCAUAGCGGCAUGUACAAUGUGCUCCAGGAAUGGUAUGACUUCAUCUGCUGCAAUAUCCACAUACAAGCGGACCUUAUUGUGUAUCUACAAACGAGCCCUGAAGUGGUGUACGAACGGAUGAAGGAACGGGCCCGUUCCGAAGAAAGCUGCGUUCCGCUCGAGUACCUCAAAGAGUUGCACGAACUGCACGAAAACUGGCUCAUUCAUGGCGCGUCACCACGUCCCGCUCCGGUGUUGGUGUUGAACGCAGACCUCGAUUUGAACACCAUCGGAACGGAGUACAAACGGUCCGAAACGAGUAUAUUGAAGCCGAUCCUAAUAGAAAAUACCAACCAGCACGCUAUUCUCACCUCGCCAGCAAAGCGCGCCAAGACGGAGUUUUAA